AUGCGCCGCUACGGGGCGCUCGCCCUCCUCCUCGCCCUGUGCACUACAUGCAGUAAGGUCCAGGCCGACGCCGACUUCUCAGAGCUGUCACAGACCCUGGAGGAGUUCCUGACCUCCGGCAACUCCUUCAGGAACAUCACCAACCUGGCGUCCCUCCUCGGCUCCUCCGCCGCCACCGCCGCGCCCAGCGGAUCGUCCUCGGCCAUCGGCCUGAACUCGGGCACGGUCCUGAAGAACCUGGCCAAGGUGGCCACGGUGUCCAGCAUCGUGAAGAAGACCGACUUCUGGGAGGACCUGAAGGACACCAUGUACGGGGCGGAGUCGCUGUUCACCUCCCUGUCCCUGUCACACACCCACAACCUGCUGGCCCUCGCCUCCGACUUCAUGAACGGCACGGCGGAGGUGGCGCGGGACGCCUGGCACGGGGUCAAGGCCCUGGAGAAGGAGCUGUGCACCGACGGCUUUGCCAUCGAGAAGGCGGAGCUGCCCACCGCCUGCGUGGGCUACAACCUGACCCUGGCCAUCGGGGGCGGGUUCUGCAUCUUCCAGGAGGACAAGUCCAUCCGCUGCCGGAAGCCCACCAUCCGGCUGGUGAAGACGCCCAGCGAGUGCUUCCUCAAGCACCACCAGGCCACCAUCAUCAAGUCCAAGGAGUGCAAGGUGGUCAAGACCUGGGGCAAGACCAAGCAGGGCUUCCUCAAGCCGGAGGAGGGGCCCAAGACCUACAACCUCACCAAGGCGAGCCACGGUGGUGGUACCCUGGAUGACUCGGGCGUGCUGGACGCUGUGGCGCCCAUGUGGGACGGCGUCUUCUCCACCCUCACCUCCCGGCUGGCGAAGCAGUACAACAUGGUACAAGACAGCAUCACCUCGGCGACAGACAACCUGCAGGCCUGGAUCAGGCGCAAGGUUGCGGUGCGCAUCUUCAGCUGA